UCUAGGGACUUUUUAGGCAUGGUAAAGAGAUAAUGGAACAGGAAAACAAAUUACAGUCUUUAUUUUCUAUCUGAUAAUUUACGGUUGAGAAUAUAAGAUUUAUAGGGAAGAAAAGGGAUGAGGUUUUUAGAAAUGGAAACAAAUAGUACUAAGAUAAUGGCUCGUAUGCUCAAGUUAGCCCAUGCUUUCUUUAAUUCUGACUAUCUUGUAUGAAUCAUUUUUUCUUUUUUAAAGGAAACUUGAACAGAAUUUCAUAAGAAGAUUUGAUUCUUUAUUUCUGGACUGCAUAUAUAUAACAAGACCAUCAGAAUGUCGGGAGCCUCAGUGAAGGUGGCUGUCCGUGUGCGGCCCUUCAAUUCUCGAGAGACCAGCAAAGAAUCCAAGUGCAUCAUUCAGAUGCAGGGCAACUCAACCAGUAUUAUUAACCCAAAGAACCCAAAGGAGGCUCCAAAGUCCUUCAGCUUUGACUACUCCUACUGGUCUCACACCUCGCCCGAAGAUCCGUGUUUUGCAUCUCAAAACCGUGUGUACAAUGAUAUUGGAAAGGAAAUGCUCUUACAUGCCUUUGAAGGAUAUAAUGUCUGUAUUUUUGCUUAUGGGCAGACUGGUGCUGGGAAGUCUUACACAAUGAUGGGUAAACAAGAAGAAAGCCAGGCUGGCAUCAUUCCACAGUUAUGUGAAGAACUAUUUGAGAAAAUCAAUGACAACUGUAACGAAGAAAUGUCUUACUCUGUAGAGGUGAGCUACAUGGAAAUUUACUGUGAAAGAGUACGAGACUUGCUGAAUCCCAAAAACAAGGGUAACUUGCGUGUGCGUGAACAUCCACUUCUUGGCCCAUAUGUGGAGGAUCUGUCAAAGUUGGCAGUAACUUCCUACACAGACAUUGCUGACCUCAUGGAUGCUGGGAACAAAGCCAGGACAGUGGCAGCUACCAACAUGAAUGAAACAAGUAGCCGUUCCCACGCUGUGUUUACCAUUGUUUUCACCCAGAAGAAACAUGAUACUGAAACCAACCUUUCCACUGAGAAGGUCAGUAAAAUCAGCUUGGUGGAUCUAGCGGGAAGUGAACGAGCUGAUUCAACUGGUGCCAAAGGGACUCGAUUAAAGGAAGGAGCAAAUAUUAAUAAGUCUCUUACAACUCUGGGUAAAGUCAUUUCAGCCUUGGCAGAGGUGAGUAAGAAGAAGAAGAAAACUGAUUUUAUUCCGUACAGAGAUUCUGUACUUACUUGGCUCCUUCGAGAAAAUCUAGGUGGCAAUUCUAGGACUGCAAUGGUUGCUGCUCUGAGCCCAGCAGAUAUCAACUAUGAUGAAACUUUGAGCACUCUGAGAUAUGCAGAUCGUGCAAAACAAAUUAAAUGCAAUGCUGUUAUCAAUGAGGACCCCAAUGCCAAACUGGUUCGUGAAUUAAAGGAAGAGGUGACACGGCUGAAAGACCUUCUUCGUGCUCAGGGGUUGGGAGAUAUUAUUGAUACGUCCAUGGGGUCCCUUACUUCAUCUCCAUCUUCCUGCUCACUCAAUAGUCAGGUGGGCUUAACAUCUGUGACCAGUAUUCAGGAGAGAAUCAUGUCUACACCUGGAGGAGAGGAAGCCAUCGAACGUCUAAAGGAAUCGGAGAAGAUCAUUGCUGAGUUGAACGAAACCUGGGAAGAAAAGCUGCGUAAAACAGAGGCCAUCAGAAUGGAGAGAGAGGCCUUGUUGGCUGAGAUGGGAGUUGCCAUUCGGGAAGAUGGAGGAACCCUGGGGGUUUUCUCACCUAAAAAGACGCCACAUCUUGUUAACCUCAAUGAGGACCCACUGAUGUCCGAAUGCCUUCUUUAUUACAUCAAAGAUGGAAUUACAAGGGUUGGCCAAGCAGAUGCUGAGCGGCGCCAGGACAUCGUGCUGAGUGGGGCUCACAUUAAAGAAGAGCAUUGUAUCUUCCGGAGCGAGAGGAACAACAGUGGGGAUGUUAUUGUAACCCUGGAGCCCUGUGAACGUUCAGAAACCUACGUAAAUGGCAAGAGGGUGGCCCAGCCUGUUCAGCUGCGCUCAGGAAACCGUAUCAUCAUGGGUAAAAACCAUGUGUUUCGUUUUAACCACCCGGAGCAAGCACGGGCUGAGCGGGAGAAGACUCCUUCUGCUGAGACCCCCUCUGAGCCUGUGGACUGGACGUUUGCCCAGAGAGAGCUUCUGGAAAAACAAGGGAUUGAUAUGAAACAGGAGAUGGAAAAAAGGCUACAGGAAAUGGAGAUCCUAUACAAAAAGGAGAAGGAAGAAGCAGAUCUUCUCUUGGAGCAGCAGAGACUGGAUUAUGAGAGUAAAUUGCAGGCCUUGCAGAAGCAGGUGGAGACGAGAUCCCUGGCAGCAGAAACAACUGAAGAGGAAGAAGAGGAGGAAGAAGUUCCUUGGACACAACAUGAAUUUGAGCUGGCGCAGUGGGCCUUCCGGAAGUGGAAGUCUCACCAGUUUACCUCAUUAAGGGACUUACUCUGGGGCAAUGCCGUUUACCUGAAGGAGGCCAAUGCCAUCAGUGUGGAAUUGAAGAAGAAGGUGCAGUUUCAGUUUGUUCUUCUGACUGACACGUUGUACUCCCCUUUGCCUCCUGAAUUACUUCCCACUGAGGUGGAAAAAACUCAGGAAGACAGACCGUUCCCUCGUACAGUGGUGGCCGUAGAAGUCCAGGAUCUGAAAAACGGAGCAACACAUUAUUGGUCUUUGGCGAAACUUAAGCAGAGGCUGGAUUUGAUGCGAGAGAUGUAUGACAGGGCAGGUGAGAUGGCCUCCAGUGCCCAAGAUGAAAGUGAAACCACCAUGACUGGCAGUGAUCCAUUUUAUGAUCGAUUCCAUUGGUUCAAACUUGUAGGAAGCGCCCCCAUUUUCCACGGCUGUGUGAAUGAGCGCCUUGCUGACCGCACGCCCUCCCCCACUUUUUCCACGGCCGAUUCCGACAUCACUGAGCUGGCUGACGAGCAGCAAGAUGAGAUGGAGGAUUUUGAUGAUGAGGCAUUCGUGGAUGACACCGGCUCUGACGCAGGGACGGAGGAGGGAUCAGACCUCUUCAGUGAUGGGCAUGACCCGUUUUACGACAGAUCCCCAUGGUUCAUUUUAGUGGGAAGAGCAUUUGUUUACCUGAGCAACCUGCUGUACCCCGUGCCCCUGAUUCACAGGGUGGCCGUUGUCAGUGAGAAGGGCGAAGUGCGGGGAUUUCUCCGUGUGGCUGUGCAGGCCAUCGCAGCGGACGAAGAAGCUCCUGAUUAUGGUUCUGGAAUUCGACAGUCAGGAACAGCUAAAAUAUCUUUUGAUAAUGAGUACUUUAAUCAGAGUGACUUUUCUUCGGUUGCAAUGACCCGUUCUGGUCUAUCCUUGGAGGAGCUGAGGAUUGUGGAAGGACAGGGUCAGAGUUCUGAGGUCAUCACUCCUCCAGAAGAAAUCAGUCGAAUGAAUGACUUGGAUUUGAAGUCAGGCACUUUGCUGGAUGGUAAGAUGGUAAUGGAAGGAUUUUCUGAAGAGAUUGGCAACCACCUGAAACUGGGCAGUGCCUUCACGUUCCGUGUAACAGUGUUGCAGGCCAGUGGAAUCCUCCCAGAGUAUGCAGAUAUCUUCUGUCAGUUCAACUUUUUGCAUCGCCAUGAUGAAGCAUUCUCCACUGAACCCCUCAAAAACAAUGGCAGAGGAAGUCCUCUGGGCUUUUAUCAUGUGCAGAAUAUUGCAGUGGAGGUUACAGAAUCAUUUGUGGACUAUAUCAAAACCAAGCCUAUCGUGUUUGAAGUCUUUGGGCAUUAUCAGCAGCACCCGCUUCACCUGCAAGGACAGGAGCUUAACAGUCCACCCCAGCCAUCUCGACGAUUCUUCCCUCCGCCCAUGCCACUGUCCAAGCCAGUUCCAGCCACCAAGUUAAAUACCAUGAGCAAAACCAGCCUUGGCCAGAGCAUGAGCAAGUACGACCUUCUGGUUUGGUUUGAGAUCAGUGAACUGGAGCCUACAGGAGAGUAUAUUCCAGCUGUGGUUGACCAUACAGCAGGCUUGCCCUGCCAGGGGACAUUUUUGCUUCACCAGGGCAUCCAGCGAAGGAUCACAGUAACCAUUAUCCAUGAGAAAGGGAGUGAACUCCACUGGAAGGAUGUCCGUGAGCUGGUGGGCGGCCGGAUUCGGAAUAAAGCUGAGGUGGACGAAGCCGCAGUUGAUGCCAUCCUCUCCUUAAAUAUCAUCUCUGCCAAGUACCUGAAGUCUUCCCACAACUCUAGCAGGACCUUCUAUCGUUUCGAGGCCGUGUGGGAUAGCUCCCUCCAUAACUCCCUCCUUCUGAACCGCGUGACACCCUAUGGGGAAAAGAUCUACAUGACCUUGUCGGCCUACCUGGAGCUGGAUCAUUGUAUCCAGCCAGCUGUCAUCACCAAGGAUGUGUGCAUGGUCUUCUAUUCCCGAGAUGCCAAGAUCUCGCCGCCACGCUCACUGCGCAGCCUCUUUGGCAGCGGCUAUUCAAAGUCACCAGACUCCAAUCGAGUCACUGGAAUUUAUGAACUCAGUUUAUGCAAGACGGCAGACACAGGUAGUCCAGGCAUGCAGAGGAGGAGAAGGAAAGUCUUGGAUACAUCAGUGGCGUAUGUGCGGGGAGAAGAGAACUUAGCGGGCUGGCGGCCUCGUGGAGACAGCCUCAUCCUUGAGCACCAGUGGGGCUUGGAGAAGCUGGAGCUCCUGCACGAGGUGGAGAAAACCCGCCACUUCCUGCUGCUCCGUGAGAGACUUGGUGACAGCAUCCCCACAUCCCUGAGCGACUCGUUGUCCCCCAGCCUCAGCAGUGGGACCCUCAGCACCUCCACCAGCAUCUCCUCUCAGAUCUCAACCACCACCUUUGAAAGUGCCGUCACACCCAGUGAGAGCAGUGGCUACGACUCCACAGACAUUGAAAGCCUGGUGGAUCGAGAGAAAGAGCUGGCUACCAAGUGCCUGCAACUUCUCACCCACACUUUCAACCGAGAAUUCAGCCAGGUGCACGGCAGCAUCAGUGACUGCAAGUUGUCUGAUAUCUCUCCAGUCGGACGGGAUCCCUCUGUGUCCAGUUUUAGCAGUGCUACCCUCACUCCCUCCUCCACCUGCCCCUCUCUGAUCGAUGCUGGGAGCAACUCUUUGGAUCAGAAGACCCCAGAAGCCAAUUCCCGGGCCUCUAGUCCCUGCCUGGAAUUUGAACAGUUUCAGAUUGUCCCAACUGUGGAAACGCCCUAUUUGGCCCGAGCAGGAAAAAAUGAAUUUCUCAAUCUCGUUCCAGAUAUUGAAGAAAUUAGACCAGGCUCAGUGGUCUCUAAGAAAGGAUAUCUGCAUUUCAAGGAGCCACUUUCCAGCAACUGGGCUAAACAUUUUGUCGUGGUCCGUCGCCCCUAUGUCUUCAUCUAUAACAGUGACAAAGACCCGGUGGAGCGUGGCAUCAUUAACUUGUCCACAGCGCAGGUGGAAUACAGUGAGGACCAGCAGGCCAUGGUGAAGACACCGAACACCUUUGCUGUAUGCACAAAGCACCGUGGGGUCCUUUUGCAGGCUCUCAAUGACAAAGACAUGAACGACUGGUUAUAUGCCUUUAACCCACUCCUUGCUGGCACAAUACGGUCAAAACUCUCCCGCCGAUGCCCGAGCCAACCGAAGUACUAGGUGACUGCCGAGCGCCCUCCCUCGCCUUCCGAGAGAUAAAGGAAGUGUUACGUCUCGUUCCUCUCUGUGGUCCUUGAUGGUUAUUCUCGUGUGUGAUCCUGUGGCUGAAGUGCGCGUCCCUCCUCGUCCAGCACUUUCUCUAUCUCUCCUGGUCCCCAUCCCCACUGCUCUGUACUCUUUUCUUUCUUCCUGUGCUGAGAAUCGUUAGAAGCAUGUGGCCUAACAAAAGGGGGGGGGGGAAACGAAGAAAAAAACAAAAACCCGGAGGGGAUCCAGUGAAUCUCCCAAUUGUUUUUUGGUGUAUUUUGGCUUCCUUUUGUGUGAUAGGUCCCCAUAUGACCACCUCUGAUGUCUGUACUGCUGUCUUUGGAUAUCUCUGUCUGUUGUUCAAGACAACAUAAUACUUUUUUCUUUUCGUUGUGAUAUAAUUUUAAUUUUUCUUGGGUGGCUUAGAGACUUAAAGGAAGAGACAUCUGGUCUUUUUUAGAACCUGAGAGGAAAAAACUUACCUUUUCCCCUUCUGUCUCUUUUUGCCAUGACUAAUCCUUACAUUCUCCAUUCAGGGAAAAGGUUGUAGUGAGCUUAAAAAUGGGACAGGUAUAUUCUCUGAAAUUGGGGCUUAUUUAGAACAUAGCUAUGUAAUUUUCAUUUAGUGGAAGAGACUUUUCAGCAGGUUUGGGACAGUGGCUGCUGUUGACCUUAUAAGAAGGAAAGAGCCAAGGCUAUUGCUGAUGGAUUUCAGAGGACCGUGGGACUUGGGCUGUGACAGUGGGGGUCAGUAAGAUGCUUGUAGUUCUCACAGCAGGGCUCCUGUGAGCUGUUUGUCUCCACUGUGAGGGAGCCUCUUCUCUCAGAGUCUCAGUUCUGUUCUUGGAGUUAGUAAUGACAGUGGUACAGUUUGGAAUUAGUGCCAUGAUGUCAUAUACAAAUAUCUCACAAGGAGGGAGUGUUUCACUAUCUGGGUGAUGAACUCGAUGGUCUUUGUCAUCAUUAUGAUUGUGAUAAUGCCGGGUAGUGACCUUGUGAUUGUUGUAGCUCCCUUUGAUCAAAGAAAUCUAGCUCUUAAGUGUAAACUUGGAUGUCUCCCUCUGAAUCCAGUGGUCAUUUUCAGUGAUCCUUGUCAAAUUGAAAACACUUUCAAUGAUGCUUGUCUCCCUAUGCUCAUAGAUAAGUGAACAUGGCAGGCUUUGCUUUCUGGACCCCAGAAUUAUAACGGACUUCCUGCCACCACUAAGAGCAAAAGGACACCUGGGGGCAGAGAAGAGGGUCCACCUGAACCCUGGCCCCAGGCCUGGUCAUUUGUCUCCUCCUUGGUUAUCUCCAUCGUGCGUGGAAAUACUGCCAGAGGAGAAAGGAGGAGCUCACUGCCGGUAGCCUCCUUCUGUGACAGAAUAGGAUCGCCUGCUUCCGGAGGCCAUCGUGGAAGAUGCUCUUUCUCUUUCAGCUGCAGUAAGUGUCACAGGAAUGACAUGGGAGAGAAGCCCUCCAGUUACUUCAGUUGCUUUGCCAGUUGACUUGGGGCUGUUCUGUACCAUCCUUUACUGCCCUCGCUCACGCCUCUGUUUGACCAUCCAUCCUUCAGGUGUUCGGGAAAGUAUCUGCUUGCUCCCACUUUGUGGAGAUCCUCCGCCGGGGGUCCUCCGCCUCGAGGGUGCUGACUCUCGGGUAGCAAAGGGGAAGGGCCCGUGCGCUCAGCAGAAUGGGUGCCGGGCAGGCUCGCCAGCACCCAGACCCUUGCCUCUGCCUUCCUGGAGGGGCUCAUCUCCUGGCUUCGUUCAUCAUAAUUGCUUUGCAAAGAGGAGGAAAAGGGAGUCACGGAGAGCUUAACAAAAGAAAGACUAGAAAUCGAAGGCUAUGACCUUACCUGAAAAAUGAUCAAGAAAAAUUCUAUGGUAGAUUUUUUAACUUUCUUCCUCUCCUUAAAACAUAGGUCACUAACUCUAAUGUUACUUCUUUUCUAAGUGGUGCUUCAGACUUUAAAGUAGUUAGAGGUUUCUUGUCUAAUGGACACAGUGUGCCCUUCCAGUGUCCGCUCAAAUCCAGGGUCUGCCCGUGCUUAGAGACAGCUUCCUGGGCUGAAAUUAAAUCUAGUUUCAGGGAAACGAAGAUGAGAUUUGAAGGUUACUUUUCGAAUUAAAUCAUGGAUGCUGCUGGUGUUAGAGUCUGAUAGGAGGAUCCGUGUCUGUGGCAAAAGGAGGCGGCGGUGGGGGGGGGUGGGCGGAGCCGAGGGAGAUAGAAUCAAGUGAUACAGUGAGAUGACUCUUGUUUUUUAUUCUAACUUAAACAAUACUGGCUUGGAAAGUCUUUGCUUUGGAAUGUCAGAUACUAGAAGAGGCCGAGGUGAGAAGGCCUUGUGAGGCAGCGGGGGCCUUGGCUGCGGCUCCCUGGUACACACAGCCCCCACUGGUGCCCCCUUUCUCUAGGGGUCUGUUUUCAGAUUGGAGUUGGAGCAGUUUCAGGAUUGAUGUUCCCUUUCCAGGCAGGUCCAUCCCCACUUUGAAGCUCUGAGAGAGAAUUUAUGGCAGGAAUUAUUUAUGAGGCUUUCACGGAAGCCAUAGUGUCAGGAAAGUUGAAAGAACUCAAAUCUUUAAGGAAAC